UCUUUAGUAGAAUCUCGUUCGGCAAACAACUCUUUUUAGAGUUUCAAAAUUUUACAUAUUUCUAAAAACUAACUUACAGUUCCUGACCUCUCGUAACCCUUGCAUGGGCUCAUCGAUUCCAAAACGUAGCUAAAAUAAAUAAGCCAUAAUCUUUGGAAACCGCUAGUUUAGAAGCUUUUUGAAGUAAACAUGUCGUGCAACCGUUCUUUUGGACCUGGCCCUGGAGCCUACAACCUGCCCAGCACCUUUGGCUUUAAUAACUGCGACAAGAGGAUGCAGCGAAGUCCACAGUUCUCAUUUGGAAGAUCGUCGAGGGCGUGUAAUAGUCCUAGGUCCAUCCAGUAUGGACCCGGCCCAGCAGAUUAUCAUGUGGGCAAAGUAACGCGAUAUGGACGUCCUGCAUCGGAGGACUUCAAUGUUUAUCGUCGUCGCUAAUGGGGUGAAGGAAUUUGUUUAAGGAGUAGUACAUGACUGUGGUCAAGACUUUUUUGGCUAUCUAAUCAAAUAAAUGGAAAUAUUUACCCGAUUA